AGUUAAUUUUAUUAUGUGACCAGAAAGUAGAGAUUUUUUUUAUGUAAACAGUAACUACAUCUCCCAUGAUUCAGUGCGGUCGCGCCGCUGGUGCGGACGUGUUUGACAGUUAUUGAAAAAUGGGGUUUGGAAGUGAAACGAAGUGACGGUUAAAUUCAGAUUUUCUGCCUAAAGGUUACAGAUUUAGAAAUUAUUAUGAAGUUGGUAAUUUUUUGCGAACAUUUAAACAUUGAUGUGUUUUUAAAAUAACAAAGCGACUAAACGAACAACAGGACGUGGAAUACAUAGAUUAUUAUAGAUGUUUAUUCAUUUUCGGCGCCGAGCAAAGAUCUUUCAGUUCGAAGCGGUUGGACAGCGGAGUGGAGCGUCUUGUCAAUAAACUAUCUUUGAAGCUAGCUGAGGAGCUACGGCUAACCGCAGGCAGCGGACCCGGGCAGCUGAGCUCCUGAUCCGGGAUGAUGCCAGGCGACAGCACCAUGACUUCCAUCGUCCAGAGAAUAGCCCGCCAGCUCUUCACCUUCAGGAACCCGCCGGGACUCGGGGAGGAGAGCGGAAAGACCUUCGUGGAGAACCACGGUAAGCUGAAGAGCCUGAUGACGGAAGUCCGAGCGGCGGACCUGAAGCUCGUCCCGCGGAGAGCCGAGGACAGCGCGCCGCGGCCGAACCCGUACCACCACGGAGUGCCGCCGGUCACCUACAUGCACAUCUGCGAGACGGACCAGUUCAGCAUGGGGGUAUUCCUGCUGAAGAGCGGCGCCUCCAUCCCGCUGCACGACCACCCGGGCAUGCACGGCGUGCUCAAAGUCCUCUACGGGAAGGUCAGGAUCAGCUGCUUCGACCGGCUGGAGCGGCACGGCGGCGGGACGGCGCCGCCGCCGCUGUCCCCGGCGCAGAUGGGCGCUCUGCGGCGCUCCGUGCUGCGCUCCUCCGCCGAAUACACCGAGGAGAGCGGGCCCUGCGUCCUCUCCCCGGACCGGGACAACCUUCACCAGAUCGACGCGGUGGACGGGCCGACGGCGUUCAUGGAUAUUCUGGCCCCGCCGUACGACCCGGACGACGGCAGGGACUGCCACUACUACCAGGUUCUGACCAGUUCGGAACCGAACUCCGCGGACGGCAAAGAGAAGGAAGUGUGGCUCAUGGAGGUCUCCCAGCCGCCCCACUUCUGGUGCGGAGGGGAGCCGUACCCCGGCCCGGAGGUCCACCUGUGAUCCGCCCGGACCGGACCGGGUCAAAUGGACCUGCGCCCGGUCCGAACCGGGCCACACUCGUUCCACUUCAGAAUAAAGCUCCCCUUACAGACAAUGGCUGAUAAAUACUUUAGAGAUUCAUUCCGAUUUUUAGGAUUCGAUUCUAAGCGACUUUCAAAUGAAUCGAUCCGUUUGAGUCGAUAACUGAUUGAAACAAAUACGAUUAAAGAUCACAUACCAAAUCCACCUGUUUAUAUUUAAACAUAAAGAUUUUUGUGCAUAAAAUUCUUUUGUCACAAGUCAAAACAAAAAUAUAAAUUAUUCAUAAUAUAAUUUAAAAUAAAUGGACUGAAAAUGAUUCCUGAGCUUUUGGAUCGAUUCAUCAUUGCGAUUCUCUACAGAAUCAUUUUUUUCUGCACCUCUAAUAGAAACUUUAUAAACACUAAAAGAGUCAUUAAUAACUGUUUAUUGUUGAGGGUGAAUUUGAGACUGCAUGCUAAAUAAAACAUCUAUAAAUGCUUAUUGUGCAAAGGAUUUAUGUCUGAAAUGUUUAGUAUAAUAACUAGAUUAGAUAUAUUAAGGGCACUUUUUCUCCUUAUUGCCUGUAAUUAAUGGUUUAUAGAUAGUAAUUAACAUAUCUAUGAAAUAUUUCUCAGCCAUCUGUAAACAGGAGCCUCGUUGUAAAGUGGUUCUAUUGUUCAAAUGAAACUGACUCAGAAUGUGAUUUUCCUGCAGGCCGUCAGUCAUUAAUCUGCUGCUCCAGAGCUGGACUUUAUGACACGCUUUAUUUUUAGUAAUAAUUAAACAACACACCAGAGGAGACAUUUGCUGCUCUGUAAUUGAACAUUUUCAGACCAGGAGAGAUGAAUUAACAUCAGUUUUCCUUCUGGCAUCACGAACAUCCUGCUCUCUGCAGUUUGCGCUCUGAUUUAUCCGUCUGUCUGAUUGGUUUCUGUUCAUUCUGGGGUUUGCAUGAAGGAUGCAGCUUUGCAUCAAGUAAUCUGUAGCCGCCGACUCGUCUUCCUGCGUUCAGCCGCAGAAAGAAAGUCCAGAUUUCUCCCGUCGUCUGGACUCUGCGGUUUUUCUCUCUGAGAUUCUCAGGGAACCUGGAUGUGAUGUUUGCUGCAUUAAAUCAAACCUUUGAGAUUCUGCUGGGGUCGUUUUGUGGAUCUGCAGGUUAAAUAAAAGUAAUCUACAUG